AUGGAUCUCCAUAAGAAGUACCUGGCAUCGCUCAAGGACAAGAAGAACUCCUUCGAACAUGCGGUGACAGAAUAUCUCCGUAUGUCGGGUGUCUACUGGGGACUAUGCAGCAUGUACUUGAUCUCGAGUGAAGACUUGCUGAACAAGGAUGAAGUAGUCCAGUGGGUCCUCAGUUGUCAGCAUCCUUCGGGAGGAUUCGGAGGCAGUGUUGACCACGAUGCACAUCUGUUAUACACCUUAAGUGCAGUGCAAAUUUUGUUGAUCUUUGACAAAAUCGAACUUGUUGACAAGGAGAAGAUUGCAAACUACGUAGCAGGGUUACAGCAAGAUGACGGAUCGUUCUAUGGUGACGAGUGGGGCGAGGUCGACACCAGGUUCUCGUACUGUGCGCUGAGCUGCCUGUCCCUGCUGGGUCUGCUGGACAAGAUCGACGUCAACAAGGCAGUUGACUUCAUUGUCUCCUGCAUGAACUUUGAUGGGGGGUUUGGGUGCAUCCCUGGAGCGGAGUCACAUGGAGGGCAGAUCUUCUGCUGCGUCGCCGCUCUUGCCAUUGCUGACUCGCUGCAUCAUGUCCGAGCUGACGAUCUCUGCUGGUGGUUGUGCGAAAGGCAGACCGCAGGUGGAGGAUUGAAUGGACGGCCCGAGAAACUGCCCGACGUCUGCUAUUCGUGGUGGAACCUUUCUGCGCUUGUCAUUCUUGGACGAAUCGAUUGGAUUGAUCGUGAAAAGCUUCGCCAAUUCAUCUUGAAUGCACAGGACGAGACAGAGGGAGGCAUUGCCGACAGACCAGGCGACGUAGCCGAUGUUUUUCAUACCUUCUUUGGCAUUUCUGGCUUGAGUCUGCUUGGCUACACUGAAGAGGAUGAAGAAGGCAUUCCAGGGUUACGGCGGAUUGACCCAGUGUAUGCGCUUCCUGUUCAGGUGCUAGAAAGAAUGAAUGUUCGCGUCUGGCGAGCUGUAUGA